CCUCCCUCCCCAUUCUACCUUCCACCCAGACCACCGACCGUUUGCCCAGUGACAAAGCUACCACCAUGCCCGCCCCCGCCGCCAUCCAAACCGCCACCUUAAACAAAUUCAUCGACGGCUGGAAAGGCUGGACGCCGGACGGCUUCCUGGCCAGCUGGUCCGACGACUGCGCGCAAGUGACUCUGCCAUUCAGCUCGGGGGUCCCGCCUCGCACUCGGGCCAUCACCGAGAAGCUCUUCCCCAAGCUCAUGUCCAUUCUGACCAACUUUCAGCUGACGGUACACAACAUCAUCCAUGAUCCCGCGGAGAGCAAAGCGGUCAUCUAUGCCAUCACCACGGCCGACUCGCCCUUCGGACCGUACAAGAACGAGCACGCGUGUUUCGUGUGGUUCGAUGAGAGUGGCGAGUCCGUGAACCGGAUCGAGGAGAUGUUUGAUGGUGUGUUUAUGAAGAGCUUCUUGCCGAAGUUGGAGGCGUAUAUUAAGGGGCAGGAGGAGGCUUGAGCACGGGUAGAUAGAUAUCUGACAGUCAUUGGAUGUGACGUGUUUAUUAUUGGAGUUAUUCUACUCUCAGCUGCAGUUAUUUGGCUGGGUGUGUAAACCUGAUCGUGUCCGCGGUAACUUACAAUACAUCCUCCGAGGCCAGCCCUGAAUUCGGCCUCGUUAACCCUCA